ACUAGCUGACCUCGCCGUACUCUUUUCGAAAUAUUCUCCCCGUCACCUUCUUCCCUCCAUCCUUCACAAUUUCACCGCCCUCUCACUCUUCGUUCUCCUCCGUCCGCCGGAAGUUCUCCCGCCGGCACCGAUACCAGAACUUCGGCCAUGGAGAGCUCUCUUAAUCAACUCCGUAACCGUUUUCUGUUCCCGCUCCGUUACUCCAACUUCCAAUUUCUCGCGCCAAAGGCGUUCUCAACCGGAAGAAACUAUAUAAGACUCUCAGACCUCAUCCUGCUCAUCACUCUUUCAAUUGCAUGCUCUGCUCACCGACGACAUCAUGGCGGGCGGCGUUCGCGGUCUCCUGCUGCUCCUUAUCUUCUCCGCUGCCCUUCUCAUGGACGGCGCCUCUGCUCAAACUCCAGGAUUUGUAAGCUUGGAUUGUGGAGGGAAGGAAUCUUACGUCGAUGAUCUUGGUAUUAAAUGGACUCCGGACGACCAAUUUCCGUAUGGUGAUACAACUCAAAUCUCUGUCACGGGCGAGAGAAGGCCACAGUAUGCAACAUUGAGAUACUUUCCGGCCGACAGAAGGAAGUACUGUUACAGGCUUGAUGUCGCACCUUGGAUGAGGUACCUCUUACGAGCAACAUUUUUAUAUGGAAACUUUGAUGGCAACAAUGUCUACCCGAAGUUCGAUAUCUCUCUUGGAGCAACUUAUUGGUCUACAGUUGUCAUUUCUGGUGUCGAUACUGUGGAGACACGAGAGAUGAUAUUUCUUGCUACAGAACCCAGAGUCAGUGUGUGUCUGUAUAAUGCUACCGCCGGAAGCCCAUUUAUUUCUACCCUUGAGGUUCGACAAUUAAUUGAAUCCAUGUAUUCUAAUGACUUGGAAGAUCAGUUUUAUCUCAGUGUCUCUGCUAGGAUCAAUUUUGGUGCAGAUGGUGAAGCUGCUGUCAGGUACCCUGAUGAUCCAUUUGACAGAAUCUGGGAAUCUGAUUCUUCGGGAAAACCAAAUCACUUCAUUGACAUGGCUGAUGGCAUCAUCGAAGUAUCCACUGAGAGGCCAAUCGAUGCCAGCUUAGAGGAAUAUCCCCCCCAAAAAGUCAUGCAAACAGCUGUUGUUGGUACCAAUGGACUGUUAACUUACCGGUUAAAUCUCAAUGGUUUUCCUGGUUUUGGCUGGGUGAUCAGCUACUUCGCAGAGAUUGAAGAUUUGGGUUCUACUGAGACCAGAAAGUUCAGGAUGGCAAUCCCAUUCCCAAGCUUGCCUGGUGGAGACAGACCUCUUGUUAGUAUUGAAGAAAAUGCUGGAGGAAAAUACCGUCUUUAUGAGACUUGGUUCAUGAAUGUGUCCCUGCCCUUUGUGUUCUCUUUCGAGUUCAGUGAAUCGCCUAAUUCUUCCAGGGGCCCUCUUUUAAAUGCCAUGGAAAUAGGCAAGCUUGUGGAGAUAACCGAGGGUUCUCCUGAUGUGACACCUGCUGCUGAAAUAAUUUCAUCACACCCAUCAGCAGACUGGGCAGAAGAAGGUGGAGACCCAUGUCUGCCGGUCCCUUGGUCAUGGCUGCACUGUAACCUGGAGUCAGCUCCUCGGAUAACUUCAAUAUUUUUGUCCAAGAGGAAUUUGACAGGAAAUAUACCUCCUGGCUUGACGAAGUUAACCCACUUAGCGGAGCUGUGGCUUGAUGGGAAUUCAUUCACUGGUCCAAUUCCUGAUUUUACCGGCUGUGUGGACUUAAAAAUCAUACAUCUUGAGAACAAUAAGUUGAUGGGGAAGGUGCCUUCUUCUUUGGCAAAGCUGCGGAAUCUGAGAGAACUGUAUUUGCAGAAUAAUAUGCUAUCCGGGACAGUUCCAUCAGCGCUCCUCCGUGAGAACUUAGUCCUGAAUGUCUCUGGAAAUAUUAACCUUCAUGAAAGGGCCGGAAGUCUUGGCACGAGUAUCAUUGCCUCACUGAUAGUUGGUGCCGCUGUUACUGUUAUUGCCAUAGUUGCAUGUGCCUACUUUACCUACAGCCAUUUUGUAGGCAUGGGUAUCUUGCAAAACGAACUUCCACAUGCCCAUAGAGAUGAACAAGCAGCUAUUCCGCAUCGCGUGGGAGGUGACAAGCCUGUGUCUUCCCCAAGAUAUUCUGCUCUAGAAGCUGCCCGUCGCUUUAGGCUAGCAGAAAUUGAAAAGGCUACAAGUAUGUUUGGGAGGGAAAUAGGCUCGGGUGGAUUCGGAAAGGUGUACUAUGGACAGAUGGAUGACGGGACGGAAAUUGCAGUGAAGGUUCUAUCAAGAAAUUCUCCCCAGGGAUUUCAAGACUUCUUGAAUGAGGUGGCUAUUCUCUCGAGGAUACACCACGCAAAUUUGCUGGAGUUACUUGGAUUUUGCCAAGAAGAUGGGAAAAGUAUGCUUGUUUGUGAAUACAUGCACAAUGGGAAUCUUGAAGACUGCCUCCAUGGUCGACUGGCGAGUACCAGGAAUCUGACAUGGAUGGAGCGGCUCGUGAUUGCUGAAGAUGCAGCAAAAGGGGUGGUAUACCUUCACACGGGAUGCUCUCCAGCAAUCAUGCACAAGGACUUGAAGAGCAGCAACAUUCUUCUUGACGAGAACUUUAGGGCGAAGGUGGCCGAUUUCGGUCUCUCCAGAUUUGUAGCUGAGGGAGCCCCCACCUCCUCCUCCUCCCAUGUACAUAACAAAUUGCGAGGCACUAUCGGUUAUGUAGAUCCCGAGUUAACCCAGUACGUGCGGCCUUAUAUGGAGAAGCACGAUGUCUACAGUUUUGGUGUUAUCCUUUUGGAGCUGAUUUCAGGCCGAAAAGCUGUUACAGAGCUUUCUGACAAUAGUCGGCAACAUAUAUCCCAUUGGGCAAGGUAUCUCCUGGAAAAAGGGAAGAUAAAGCGGAUCCUUGAUCUGGGGCUUCAAGGCCAAAAUAUAGAGGAAUCAGCCACGAAAAUGGCAAGCACUGCACUCUUGUGUGUCGACAAGGACACGGAGAAGAGACCAUCCAUGACUGAAGUACUCAGACAGAUCGAAGGGGCAAUUGUGAUCGAAAGAAGACGAGGAAGGAGCAGCUCUAGGGGAGCAGGUCCCACCCAUCUUCGAGCCCGAAAUCUUGGUCAUACAAGUGAUUCAGGAGGUGAAUCUUGACCAUUGUUACCGCCAAGAAGUCCUUUCAUUUUUGUAGUUCAAGUGCAUGAUUCUUUUGUUAGUAGUUCUGGGAUGAAGGGAUGAUUCAAUGUCAAGGGCUACUCGGACUUUGAAAACGAAGUAUCUGAUUGAUCAGUUUCACCAAGCGAAACUGGACAGUGACUGAAUCAUAUGAAUAUGAAAUCGGUUUCCUGAUUUA